UCUGCUGAACUAACCAUGACUACAGGUACAGGUGGUCCAGUAGCCACAUUCUCUGUGUGGGACUAUGUGGUGUUUGCUGGAACAAUUUUGGCGGCUGCUGGCGUUGGCCUUUUCCAGGCUAUCCGGGGCCGUAAGGAGACCAGCAGCGAUGAGUUCUUGUUGGGUGGACGGCAAAUGACAGCUGUGCCAGUUGCCAUGUCGCUCACUGCCAGUUUCAUGUCUGGCAUCACAGUCAUUGGCACACCUGCUGAGGCCUACCGUUAUGGAACUGCUUUCUGGCUCUUUGGCUUCUCCUAUGCCGUCAUGUCUGCCGUCACUGCAGAGAUCUUCGUCCCUCUUUUCUACCGACUGGGAAUCACCAGCGCCUACGAGUACCUGGAGAUGCGCUUCAGCCGGCCCAUUCGGUUGAUUGGGACGUCAAUGUACAUUGUGCAGACGGCUCUGUACACAGGUUUGGUAAUCUACGCUCCAGCUCUCGCACUAAAUCAAAUAACUGGACUUGAUCUAUGGGGGGUGCUGGUGGCUACAGGAGCAGUAUGCAUCGUCUACUGCAGUUUGGGCGGCCUAAAAGCAGUAAUCUGGACAGAUGUGCUGCAGAUGGUGAUCAUGCUGGCAGGUUUUGUGGCUGUCAUAGCUAGAGGAGCUGUACUGCAGGGAGGCCUGACGAGGAUUUGGGAAGACUCCCGCGAAGGAGGCAGACUUGACGCUUUUGAUUUUGACCCAGAUCCUCUGAAGCGACAUACUUUCUGGACCAUUCUGAUUGGUGGCAGCGUGAUGUGGGUGUCUAUCUAUUCAAUCAACCAGUCCCAAGUGCAACGCUACAUCUCCUGUAAAACCUUGGGUCAUGCCAAAAUGUCUUUGUAUGUAAACAUGGUUGGAUUGUGGGUUACUGUGAGUCUGGCUGUGUUUUCUGGUCUCACCAUGUACUCCAUUUACAAGAAUUGUGACCCACUUGAAAAUGGUGAUGUAACUACUCUUGAUCAGAUGCUUCCUUAUCUUGUAAUGGAUAUUCUGGCAGCGUACCCAGGAAUCCCUGGCUUGUUUGUGGCUGCUGCAUACAGUGGGACCCUGAGCACUGUGUCUUCAAGCAUCAAUGCCCUAGUUGCUGUCACUGUGGAAGACUUUAUAAUGCCUGUGUGCAAAACCCUCACACCGAAACAGGUGACCUGGAUGAACAUGGGCCUGAGUGUCUUCUAUGGUGCCGUGUGUAUUGGGAUGGCCGGAGUUGCCUCCACAAUGGGAAGUGUCCUACAGGCAGCUCUGUCCAUAUUUGGUAUGAUCAGCGGGCCUCUUCUCGGUCUUUACCUAUUAGGCAUGCUCUUUCGCACGCCAAAUUCAAUAGGAGGACUUGUGGGAAUGAUCAUUGGUCUGGUGUUGACUCUGUGGGUGGGAAUCGGAGGCCAGCUUUAUCCACCAACAUCUGAAAUGACAAUGCCUCUCCCAGUCAGCACUGUAGGCUGCACAAUAGACCAGAAUUACACGACUAUAGCUCCCUGGACCAGUCCGGUGCCUCUGACCACGCAGCAAGAGUUCAGGCCAGAACUAGCAGACUCCUGGUACUCCCUGUCCUACCUCUACUUCUGUCUGUUGGGCACAGUGACCACAAUUGUGUCCGGCAUGCUGGUGAGCAUGAUGACAGGUGGUUGCAAACAAAAGAAGCUGAGUUCUGAUCUGUUUGUGAGGAAGCGUGAUCUGAUCUGUUUCAGCUACUUCAGUAAAUCAGAGGAAUCCGACAAUAAUGAAAAGGCUGCAUCAGACAUUCACAUGAGUGCCGACAAGUCAACAUUACCAGACUAUGAAGUGAUGACUAAAGAUGUUGAAAAAGCGACCAAACUAUAAUUCUGCUAUGUCAGUUUUUUUAAACAUAUUUAAUGCAAAUGUUGUUUUUUUUAAAAUUAACACAUGAAUGACAAAGCAUAAUUCCUCUGCUGCUACAACACGUUGGUGCAUCUGAUUCACAAAAACACAUUACUGGAACUCAAUGAUGUGCCUAUUUAUGUCGGUAUGAAAUAUGAUGUGUUUUCAACAUGUUGGUAAAAUGCAAAUACACAAUUACUUACUCUAAAGUUUGACUGUUUAUGUUUCAACCCUACAAACUCUUCAACAAUAGCAAAAGAAGGAAAAUGUUCAAACAUAUGUUCAGCAUCCUUUAAUUAACAAAAUGUUCUGGCUAUUGUAGCCUUUGUCAUGUCUAUAGGGAACAAGCAUUUAAAAUAGCUCAAGGUCACCACAUCAUUUGCUACACACUGAUUGAGCUGCUCCCAUUUCCUGUUUUGUGGGGAUGUUGCAACAGUUUUACUUUUAUUGUCCUUUGUUCAAUUGUUCUCCUUGAUAACGGCUGAUAGCCCUACCUGAA